ACACCGGCUGUGGAAAAGGAACAACUGUAAAAGUUUUGCAUCAUUAUUAAUAUUUUAGAAUUGAAAAUGAGGAAUCCCUUUUUGAUCAUCCUGACUAUACUCUGCUAUCACGGCUCGAAUGCAGCCUGGUUUGUGAUUUAAGUUAAUGACGGCAGUGUGGGGGAGGUGCGCUCCAAUAGUGUGUUCCUGCACAACCGGAGAGGCUGCAGUUUCAGGACCACAGAUCUAGGGCCACAUUUCUAGGACCCAAGUUUUUUUGUAAAAGCGCCACCAAAGAUGGAUGACAUGGACUGCAAUCAAAGUGGUGUACUCAACGGGAAGCCCUCUAAAUUCCUUGUGGUGAGGCACAACAGGACAUUGUUUUUGUCUGUCUGAGAGGAGCACUGCAUAGGACACCAACACAACUGAGCUUCACAGAUGGAGUGCAGUGCAUCUGUGGCUUUCUUUUUCCAGAGGCCAUCGUAUAUGCCCUGGUUGUCCUACGGAAUUUGUCCUUGCAGGAGGCUGAGCAGGUCUUCCUUUCUGGUCCGGAUUAUCAUUACAGGUGCAUCUGGUGUUGGUACAGAUUAUGUGUCAGCUUUUGUGAUGGAGGGAGAUUCAGUCUUUCUAAACACUGGUUUUAAAACAAACCAACAUGUAGAGUUUGUGUGGUAUUUUUAUCACACUCGCAUUGCUCAAUUGAUUGGACAUACCAGUAAGAUCUGUACAGAUGUUCAGUGUAAAGAAGGUAAAGAGGAAUUCAAAGACAGACUGCAGUUGGAUAAUCAGACUGGAUCGUUGACCAUCUCAAACUUCAGAACCACAGACUCUGGAGACUAUAAAUUAGUGAUAAUCACAAACAACAUCACUUCAAAGAUCUACAGAAUUGCUGUUAAUGGUGUUCCUGCUGCUCAACGAGAUGAAAAGUCUGUAGUAGAGGGAGAAUCUGUCAUUUUAGAUCCUGGUGUGACAAAAAACCCAAAUAAUUCAGUGGCGUGGUAUUUUAAUGACACUCUCAUCGCUGAAAUCACUGGAGAUCAGAGUAAGAUCUGCACAGAUGAUCAGUGUUCUGACAAAUUCCAAGACCGACUGAAGCUGGAUCAUCAGACAGGAUCUUUGAUCAUCACAAACACGAGAACCACAGACUCUGGACUCUAUAAUCUAAAGAUCAGUAGUAGCAGCAGCAGCCGCUACCGCCGCCAUCGUCGCCACAGCGUCGAUUUCACCAGAAUGAAGAGCUUCAGCGUUUUUGUUACUGCUGUUCCAGAUUCAGGUUUGUCUCCAGCAGCUGUGGGAGGAGCAUGUGUUGGUGUUCUGGUCCUUGCUGCUGCAGUUGCCGGUGCAGUUGUUAUUGCAAAAAGGAAAGGCAUUUGUACGCGGCAGAGUCGUCAGGAGAAUGAUGUGCUCUAAUCAAGAACACAACCAAUGGGACGUCGUCUAAUCUGACUGAGGCUGCCAAAGAUACUUCACUUUCUACAUAACUGCUAUGUUCAUUUGAGAGGCCAAGUAUAAAUAUUUAUAGUUUACCAUUGUUUACUGUAAGAUUUGUAUUUACAAAUGUGAAGGAAAGGAUGUGACGUGUGGCCAAGUAUGGUGACCCAUACUAGGAAUUUGUUUUAUACACACACACACACCCCCAAUGGAGUGGGCAGCCAUAUUGCUGUGGUGCACGGGGAGCAGUUGGGGGUUCGAUGCCUUGCUAAAUGGUCUCACAUUAUGUGUGGUAUUAAUGGUUGAAAGAGAGCACUGAUCAUUCACUCCCCCCCCACCUACACUCCCUGUCGGAACUGCAAUUUGAACCCGCAACCUUCGGGUUAAAAGUCAGACUUUCUAACCAUUAGACCAUGACUGUGUUAAUUUGACACUCAAAUAUAGGCCAGCUGUGAUGUAGCAAACUGUUUGCUCAUGAUUAAAAUCUAAGAAGUUCUAU